CGGCGGUAUCCGGGCACACUUGGUCGUCGAACAUGGAGCACAUCACAGCCCUCGUCUUGCUGCUGGUCGGGACCUGUGCCCUAGGGGGCGCCUCCCUCGAGCCACGUGACCCCAAGUACAAUAUUCCUGUACUUGAUCCUCUGGUGGUGAAGGAGCUUCGUCUGGGAGACGCCUUCGUGGCGAUGACACUCAAGAACAUGAUCAUCAGAGGGUUCAGCAGCUACACAGUCGUCAAGAAGGAGCACGACAUCCUACUUAAGCGAAUGUACGCAGAUCUCUCUGUCCCACAGUUGGUCGUCGAUUCUGAAUACGAAAUAAGCGGCAGUUUGCUGAAUCACCUAAUAGUCGGUCGUGGAUACAGCAACACAACCAUCGAUGACCUGAAAAUUAAAUAUGUAAUGGAUUACGAUUUGAUUCAGAAGGCAGAUGGGAAGGUCUACGUUAUAAAUAAUGAUAGUGAAACGUUUUUUGACAUCACAGGCGGUAAAAUGUAUUUGAGUGAUUUGUUCGACGGAAACAAGGAACUGGGUGAAAGUGUAAACAAAUUUUUAAACGAUCACUUCUUAGCAGUUUUCCAGCAAAUGUCUGCUCCCAUUGGACUCAAAAUUGUUAACAUUAUGGAGGAUGUUCAAAACCAACUUUUCAACCUCAUCCCGUUCAAUGAUUUGUAUGCUUAAUCAUCGGUCACUUAAAAAAAUACUGAAGUGCAGAAACCGUGUUACCAGAACAGUUCCAGUGCCAUAUAAACUCUUCUCUUCCUGUUCAGGAGAAACCACCAAACGUUAAUAACUUCUACUGAGCAAGAUUAAUUUUAUUUUCAUAUUCCUGAGUGUUUUAAAAAUUUCAAAAAAAAAAAGUACUGAUAUCCUGAGAAGUGUUAAGCUCGUGAAACUUAUAAGUAAAAAUGGGAUGAGUUCAGAAACUAAAAUUAUGCGCGUAAAUGGAUUAAGAAUAUAAAUAAGUGUUUAUUUUACUUUUUACAAGGAUCAUUUUAGGAUAUUUUAGUGAAAAUGUUUCGGUUUUGUGUCACAAGUAAAAAAAGUAUAUUCUCAACUAUAUUUCUUUAGGAAUAGCGAAAUAUUUCUUGAAAUCUAAUGUUAAUUAUAAUUGUGAAAAAUGCAAAUUUUUAUACUUUGGAUAAGAUACAAUUUAAAUACAUUAUAUUUUUAUAUACAAUAUAAUCAGCCAGUAGCGCAUACUAGAAUUUAUUUUGUUUGGAAUUUUGAAAGAAAUAGAAUUUAACGCGUCUGUAAGAGCGACUACUCGCAGUGCAGAUGAGCGAAUCGGGAAUCCCGCUUACAGGGGCAUUACACAUUGGCAGGUAGAGAUCCUUUUGCACACAAAAGAAAAUAAUCACAUCGCGCGUCCUCGCGCGUCUGACCUGGCUCUUCUUGUCACGUGGAGUAUCCGGCGAGUAGCCACGCCUUCCGGGCGUGUGACUCGCGAAGAUGCCAUCAGCUUGAUCUUCGCGGUCCCUGGGAUACUCCGAUAACUGCCCCUGUGGGCGGGCUUCCCGCUUAACUCGUCUGCACUGCUAGUAGCCGCGCUUCCUGGCGCGUGACUCGCCUGCUCGCUUCGGCCAUCCGAGAGACUGACUGCUGUUGCUGCUGACUGCUGCUUGCUGGACUGUCUCUGAAGAUGUUGCUGCGGCCGCUUUUUGGGUAACUGCGAACAGUUUGUCAUCAAGCUUCCGACGAGGAACACAGAACUUCCGUUGCCUACUGGUAUAAUAUACAGCUGGUGAACUUCUAUGCAGGGGUUUAAAAAAUUAAUGCAGCGUUACUAAAUGUGCUUAUAACUGAGUGGCGAUUGUUUGGAAUAUUAAGUAAAUAUGUAGUAAACUAAAAUUGUUUCACGAGUUUAUUUUUUAAAUAUAUAGAAAGUUUAAACCAUAUUAACAAUAGAUGGGCUGUCCUAUGGUUCUUUAAUUGUUGUGACAAUUUAUUGUUCAAAUUGUUUUGUUAUUUUUUCAAUAAUGUGUUCAUUAGACAUAAAACACUAAUUACUUUGUUAACACAUGUAUCUCAAUAUUGGUGUAUGAUUACUAACAUAGAAUUAAAAAAAUAUGAUUAACUUUACAUUAAUUUUUUAUAAUUGUUAAAAAUAACUCAUACAUGAACUGGGUUUUACAAGGUGCUAAAAUAAAU